CUUAAGGAUUUUGAGUUACUCGAUACCCUGGGAACAGGUACCUUUGGCCGGGUCUACCUAACCAAAUUCAAAACGACCAACAAAUUCUAUGCCAUGAAGGUCCUGAAAAAGUCCGAGGUAGUCCGACUAAAGCAAGUAGAACAUCUGAUGUCCGAGAAGCAAAUCUUGGCCUCUGUUCGGUUUCCGUUUGUAGUGGACCUAUUCUGUACUUUCCAGGACGAUACGAAUCUCUAUAUGUUGCAAGAAUAUGUAGUCGGAGGAGAGCUGUUCUCUCAUCUGCGACGGGCCGGGCGGUUCACAAAUGACAUGACACGAUUCUAUGCGUCCGAGAUUGUAUUGGCAAUUGAAUAUCUUCACGCAAAGGACAUCAUCUAUCGCGAUCUGAAACCCGAGAAUCUUCUUGUGGACCACCAGGGGCACAUCAAAAUUACCGAUUUCGGAUUUGCAAAGAAGAUCGUCCAACGAACAUGGACCUUGUGCGGUACUCCAGAGUAUCUUGCUCCAGAGAUCAUUCAAAGCAAAGGGCACGGCAAACCAGUUGACUGGUGGGCGCUUGGGAUUCUAAUUUUUGAAAUGUUGGCAGGGUACCCUCCAUUCUUUGAUGACCAUUCAUUUGGUAUCUAUGAAAAAAUUAUGGCAGGAAAGGUUCGGUUCCCUACACAUUUUGAUCCUCUGGCCAAAGAUCUCUUAAAAAGACUCCUGGUAGGAGAUUGGAGUAAACGGCUAGGCAAUCUGGUGGGUGGAUCAGAGGAAGUCAAGCGACACAAAUGGUUUAGAGGCGUUGACUGGAUAGGUUUGCUGGAAAAAAACGUGCGGGCACCGAUCAUUCCGCUCUACCGUCACCCAGGCGACACCAGUAAUUUUGAAAAGUAUCCUGAUGAAGCCGAAUCCGAGACAAGCUCAACUCCUGGUGAAGAUCCUUACAAGCAUCUAUUCACCGAUUUU